GUUUAUGUUGCUAGUGGGGAAUGUUUUUAAAGGCGGACCGGAAACAGCGUGGGGUUAUUGAAGAAUUAUAGAGGUCCGUUGAACUUAAGAAAGAUCUAUCACCAAACAUAGCAACAUCCACAAAGCAGAGGAAAUGUUGAGAAAUGCCUCUGCCCAGAUACUUAAACAGUUUGUCAGACACAGGACAACAGAUACAAGUCUGAUCCUGGAGAGAUCUAUAAACAGGGUGCAGUUGCUUGGACGGGUGGGACAAGACCCUGUUAUGAGACAGGUGGAGGGCAGAAACCCCGUCACCAUCUUCUCCAUGGCAACAAAUGAAAUGUGGAGGUCUGGGGAGGGAGAACCUACAAAUACAGGAGAUGUCAGCCAGAAAACAACAUGGCACAGAAUUUCAGUAUUCAAACCAGGCCUCAGAGAUGUGGCAUAUCAGUAUGUAAAGAAAGGGUCUCGAAUUCUUGUCGAAGGAAAAUUGGACUAUGGGGAGUACAUGGAUAAAAACAAUGUCCGCCGACAAGCAACCACUAUUAUCGCAGAUAAUAUUGUCUUCUUAAGUGAAAAUCUACGAGACCAGUAGUAAUGAAGCUUUCCCAGACUUUAGGAACCAAAAGAAGAUGGAAGAUAAUUUUUGUAUAGUGUUAUGCUGUUCACUGACUUGAAUCUCUUGAGUAACUUUGUGCCUGCCCCAGCAGUCAUACAUACACCGAUCAGCUACAACAUUAAAACCACCUGCCUAAUAUUGUGUAGAUCCCCCUUGUGCUGCCAAACAGCGGCAACCCGCAUAUCAGAAUAGCAUUCUGAGAUGAUAUUCUUCUCACCACAAUUGUACAGAGCGGUUAUCUGAGUUAUUGUAGACAAGUCUUUGAACCAGUCUGGCCAUUCUCUGUUGACCUCUCUCAUCAACAAGGCAUUUCUGUCCACAGAACCGCAGCUCACUAGAUGUUUUUUGUUUUGGCACCAUUCGGAGUAAAUUCUAGAGACUUUGUGUGUGAAAAUCCCAGGAGAUCAGCAGUUACAGAAAUACUCAAACCAGCCCAUCUGGCACCAACAGUCAUUCAUGAGAUUAUCUUAUCAGCCAAUCGUAUGGCAGCAGUGCAUAAAAUCAUGCAGAUACGUGUCAGGAGCUUCAGUUAAUGUUCACAUCAACCAUCAGAGUGGGGAAAAAAUGUGAUCGCAAUUAUAUGGACCGUGGCAUGAUUGUUGGUGCCAGAUGGGCUGGUUUGAGUAUUUCUGUAACUGCUGAUCUUCUGGGAUUUUCACACACAACAGUCUCUAGAAUUUACUCUGAAUGGUGCCAAAAACAAAAAACAUCCAGUGAGUGGCAGUUCUGUGGAUGGAAAUGCCUUGUUGAUGAGAGAGGUCAACAGAGACUGGUCAGACGGGUUCAAACUGACAAAGUCUACGGUAACUCAGAUAACCACUCUGUACAAUUGUGGUGAGAAGAAUAUCAUCUCAGAAUGCAGUUGGCGCUGUUUGGCGGCACAAGGGGGACCUACACAAUAUUAGGCAAGUGGUUUUAAAGUUUUGGCUGAGUGGUGAAGACAAAAGAAGGAAUGUUGUUGGUGGAUUGUGACAUUUCGUCUUGUUCCAGAAAGGGGGCGCCAGCAGAAUGCACUUUGACGUGUAAACACAUGCAUUCCAAACCCAUGAACAGGUUUUGACUCAUUUGUAAAAAUGCUACAUUUUCUCUGUUUUGAUGACUUUUAAAACAAAAGAUAUGUUGGAAACCAAACCAUGUUGGGAUUCUGUUAGUCCAGAUCUCAUCCUAUCUGUUGUGCUACCAUGCUUUUGUCUAUAAAUGUAUGAAGUUCUUUGUCAGUAAAAAGUUGAAUACACAUACUCAUA